AUGGGCCGCGCUAACGCCAAUGACUCUCUUGGGCACAAUGUCGAGGUUGAAGAUUACACAAAGCGGCCGCCAUAUUUGCUACAGCCCUUGCAAGAAUUUGGCGAAAUCAAGUGGCACGCUCAAUGCCAGUGUGGCGAGGUUAAAUAUGCACUGAGACGCGAAAGACCAUUGAACGCCAAGUUCUGUCACUGUCGCCAGUGCCAGGUCUUGCAUGGCGCGCCCUUCCAGUGGGCGGCUAUAUUUCCCAAAGAAGACAUCCGGUUCGAGAAGGGGACUGAAGGUCUGUCAUUCUAUGCGGCCGGGGAGAAAAACAACAAGUACCAAACACCCACAAAGCCGGACGAGCAGCGGCACCGAGUGCAAACGUUCUUGCCAACGUGCCACAUCUUCUAUGAAAAUCGUUUGAGAGACAUUCACGAUGGAAUUACCAAGUGGUCGGGAAUGGACGAGCAGAGCCAGCAACUAGAUGACGAUGGUCAGCCGCAAUAUUGGGAUGAUAGCUUUGCAUGA